UGGCUGUUGCUUGCAGAGCUCAGGAGCCAGGAGCAGCCUGCCCGUUCCUCGCCCGUUGCCCCAGACCGGAUUCCACCAUGUAUAAGGAACUUCGCACCCUGGCUUUUCUCCGGGCCAUCUUGGCCGAGUUCUUAGCCACCAUGAUCUUCGUCUUCUUCGGCCUCGGCUCAGCCCUGAAGUGGCCCUCGGCUCUGCCCAGCAUCCUUCAGAUCUCCCUGGCCUUCGGCCUGGCCAUCGGUACCUUGGUCCAGAUGUUCGGGCACGUCAGCGGGGCGCACAUCAACCCGGCAGUGACCAUCGCCUUCCUGGUGGGGAACCACAUCUCGGUGGCCCAGCUGGUGGGAGCCAUUGCCGGGGCUGGCAUCCUCUACCUGGUGACCCCGAUCAACGCCCGGGGGAACCUGGCCGUCAACGCGCUCAACAACAACACGACCCCAGGCCAGGCGCUGGUGGUAGAAAUCAUCCUCACCUUCCAGCUGGCCAUGUGCAUCUUCGCCUCCACCGACAAGCGACGGACCGAUGCCUUGGGCUCCCCGGCGCUGUCCAUCGGCCUCUCCGUCACCCUGGGCCACCUGGUCGGGAUCUACUUCACUGGCUGCUCCAUGAACCCCGCCCGAUCCUUCGCCCCUGCUGUGGUCGUGAAAAGAUUCAGCACCGCUCACUGGGUCUUCUGGUUCGGACCCAUCAUCGGCGGCGUCCUGGCCUCCUUGCUUUACAACUACUUCCUCUUCCCCUACCCGCUGAGCAUGUCCGAGAGAGUAGCCAUCAUGAGAGGCACCUAUGAGCCGGAAGAGGACUGGGAAGAGCAGAAGGAGCCGAGGAUCAAGUCCAUGGAGCUGACCGCCCCGUAAUAGCGAGGCCUGGGACGAGGGGAAAAACAACCCCAAAGAACAAACAAGACUCUUAAAUCGAUGGCCUCCGACCCCAAAGACCCACCGUCUCUCUCGGCAAGGGAAGGGGGCCUGAGAUUCCUGUGUGUCGACCCUGCAAUUGCGCGUGUGAGCGGUGCAAAUGUGACUGGCUGAAGAGCAGAGCG